AUGCCCUACAAAUCAAGAUGGCAGUUGACACCACCGACGUUGUCAGUUCCGUCAUUUAUGUUCGGAUCUUCGACCUCCAACGUCAAUUCAACUGACAAAAUCCUUGUGGAUGCAAAACGCCCCGACACUCAUUUUCUUACCCUUCAUACCUAUCGCGAAUGGUCCAAGAGAUUUGCCGCUGGCCUCCAGUUCGCAGGACUUGAAAAUGAGGAUCGCGUGCUACUGUUCUCCCCUAACAGCAUCUUCUAUCCGGUUGUUGUCAUGGGUGCUUUGAUGGCCGGCGCCAUCUACAACAGCGCGAAUCCUGCCUAUACGCCGCGGGAACUUGCUCAUCAACUUAGAGAUUCCAGUCCUCGCAUUGUCCUCGCGGCAGAGAGCUGCAUAGAGAAAGCACUGGAAGCAGCUGAUCUUGUCGGAUUCGAUAAGAAACGUAUCUUUCUCUUCUCAGAGGUGCCCAUGGACCACGAGAAAGAAGUACCGCCCACAACCAAUGCCAAAGUGCAGCAUUGGAGCGAACUGCUUGCAAAGCCUGAGAUUGGUCGAAAUUUUGCCUGGGAAGAGCGCAACACCGAGGCUUUUUCGGAGCGCACUGCAAUUCUGAUCUAUUCCUCAGGCACUACCGGCCUUCCGAAGGGUGUUGAAUUAUCUCAUCGAAGUCUGGUCGCAAAUAUGAUUCAACUCAAAAUGAUCUCUAUGUCUGAUUCAACCAUCGUUGCUCGACGGACUCUUUGCGCGGUCCCCAUGUACCAUGCAUUGGGGCUAUGUUACUACAACUUUACGGCGCCGAAAUGGGGUCUCGAGACAUACCUGAUGGAGCGGUUCAAUCUGGCAGAUAUGCUGGAUCACAUUCAAAGAUUCAAAGUCACGGAACUUGUGCUUGUCCCGCCAAUGCUGGUAGCCAUGGCUAAACACCCUUCGGUUCGCGAUGGCACUUGUGACAUCAGCAGCAUCAGAAAGGUGCUGGCAGGCGCGGCGCCCAUUGGCAUGGAAGUAACGCAGCAGUUCGAAGAGCUUUGGAAUGGUAGGAUCAGAGUACGGCAAGCAUGGGGGAUGUCAGAGACACCUGCAAUCACGCUGUGUUGGGACGAAAAGGAGAGCUCGGGUCCGUCGUCAAUAUCAAUCGGCGAGUUAGUCCCUGGGGCAGAAGCAAUGCUCGUCAAGGAGAACGGCGAGGAAGAAACCCAGCCAGGCGAGAGGGGAGAAUUCUGGAUCCGCUCUCCGAACGCAAUGAAGGGAUACUGGCGCAAUCCAAAAGCUACUACCGAAACUAUCAGCAAUGGAUGGCUGAAGACCGGCGACGUAGCAUACCGAGACGAAGCUGGAAAGUGGUACAUGGUUGAUCGGAUGAAGGAAUUGAUCAAAGUGAAGGGUGUCGCGGUUGCCCCCGCAGAGCUCGAAGCUCUUCUCCUCGAGCAUUCCGAGAUUGUGGACGCCGCGGUGAUCGGCGUAAAGACGGCGACGGAUGACGAACGGCCGCGCGCGUACGUUGUGCGGGCACCGAAUUCACGACUUACUGAAAAGGAUGUCGUGGACUUCGUCAGGAUACGAGUGUCAACGAUUAAGCACCUCACAGGAGGCGCGGCCUUUGUGGAUGCUAUCCCCAAAAAUCCGUCGGGAAAGAUAUUACGGCGGCAGCUGAGGGAGCUCGCUGCAAAGGAGACGGGUUCGAAGUUGUAG